AUGGAGCGCACCUGCACUUUGCCAACCGAGAAGGUCUUUUCCAUCCAAAUUGGCUCGGAGCUCUUUCGUCUCUCCGGUGCUUCGCUCGCCUCUGACGGUACACGCCCUGGACUGCGAUCGAUGGAUCUGGCUGACCAACAGCUCCCUCCUACUUCUCGCGAUUCUUCGAGGAUCAAUUACUUCAAACUCCAGAUGCCUCAAAUUUACGAACUCUGCUACCAUGUCCGCCCCCAAGAUGGCGCGCAAUUCGUGAAACUCUUCGCCGAUGCUCAGUUCUACACAUGUAACGGCUCCCAUCAGCCUACCAGGCUCCAAGCUAACGAUUUAGUGCCCCGGUUGAUGUCCCAGCUCUUCGAAUCGGAAUGCUUCAUCCAGAUCGGCGACCGACAUUUCCAGAUCCCCCGCGAUAUCUUCUCCAGUCCAGGUGACAGUCCCAAUUUCUUCACCCUUGGAUUCGCGGCCUUUUUCGCAUCCCCCUCGGAGGUGUUUCCGGGACUCGAUCGCCAGGGUCUCUUACGACCUCCUGCCAUCAUACCCCCCAGCGUACCGAACCGGUCAGCCGAUGUAUUCGACGAGCUCCUGCAUUUACUCCGUGGAUAUCCCCUCCGGAUCAGAGACGAGGAUCAUCGCGCAGCACUUUUGCGCGAUUGUCGAUACUUCCACCUACGUGGUUUGGAACAAAGGUUGAUACCACAUCAGAUCACAGCGAACCCAUUCACCCAACGACCCGAAAUCGUCAUCCGGUUGGAAGAUGUGCGACCAUCCGGGAUUCAGUCAACUCUUGAUGAUACCGGGUCUCUCGCAGCUGGCGGAGUCGUAACAUACAAGCGACCCUUCGUAGACGAAAAGCCAGCCGAUCUGGUCCUCGAGAUUGGCGAGGAGACCAGUAUCAUUCACAAGGACAGUAUGCGGGUCGACUUCAUCGGUUUGACGAAGCAACGGAUCAGCAGUCUGUUGGGAACAAUAGGCAAGAAAAUGAACUUGGACUCAAAGACUCCCCUGAGCCAAGUCCCGAUGAAGAUCCGCGUGAACAACGACGCAGACCUGACUAUUGACGGCGCAUCAGGUCAACAUUUGACGGUUGGCGGCGAAACCGCUGAACCUCCGGCCAAACGACCACGCUCUGAUCACACAGAUAUCCCGUGGGUUGUUCGCACAGGGCAGUGGAGACUGCAGGUCCAGAAUGGACAUGCCGGAUGGGAGGUCAUCCUGGUCGCUGACAAGUUGGACGUCUAUACCAGCGUACAGGUUCGGAAUCGAUCGCGGACGUUCCUCUAG